AUGGCUUCCAAGUUUCUCAGAGAGUACAAGCUGGUGGUGGUAGGAGGUGGUGGUGUCGGAAAGUCUUGUUUGACAAUCCAAUUAAUCCAGAGCCACUUUGUCGACGAAUACGAUCCAACAAUUGAAGAUUCGUACCGCAAACAGUGUGUCAUUGACGAUGAGGUUGCGCUGCUCGACGUUCUCGAUACGGCCGGCCAGGAGGAAUACUCGGCAAUGCGAGAGCAGUAUAUGAGAACCGGCGAGGGGUUCCUGCUUGUCUACUCGAUAACAUCCCGCCAAUCCUUCGAGGAAAUAAUGACUUUCCAACAACAAAUCCUACGAGUGAAGGACAAGGACUAUUUCCCCAUAAUUGUGGUCGGAAACAAGUGCGAUUUGGAGAAGGAGCGCGUCGUCUCACAACAGGAGGGCGAGGCCUUAGCUCGGUCGUUCGGCUGCAAGUUUAUCGAAACGUCGGCAAAAUCGCGGAUCAACGUUGAAAACGCAUUCUACGACCUCGUGCGCGAAAUCCGUCGAUACAACAAGGAAAUGUCGUCCUACCCCUCCGGCUCUGGCGCAUUCGGCGCUCGCGCCCCCGAAGGCAAGAUGGAGGUCGAGGAGGGCGGCGAGGCAGGCGGUUGCUGCUCGAAAUGUGUGAUCAUGUAA